AUGGCUGAUAAUAAAUUAUGUGGAGCCACAACAAUUAUUGCUUCCGGUGACCUUGCAAAAAAGAAAACAUAUCCUGCACUAUUUGGUCUUUAUCGUAAUGGUUUUUUGCCAGCAAGAACUUGUAUCGUUGGAUAUGCCAGAACAAAAUUAGAUUUAAAAACAUUCCAUGAAAGAAUUUCUGCUUUUGUUAAAAUUCUAAAUGAUGAAAUUAGACAACAACUUUCUGAAUUCUUAAAACUUUGUACUUAUGUUUCUGGACAAUACGAUAAUGACGAUGAUUAUAAAAGAUUGAAUAAGAGCAUUGAAGAUAUUGAACGUCGUGACACUAAAAAUAUAGCAAAGAAUCGUAUUUUCUAUAUGGCUUUACCACCAAGUGUAUUUGUCCCUGUUGCAACUGGUGUAAGAAACAAUGUUUAUACAAGAAGAGGCAUUAAUCGACUAAUUGUCGAGAAACCUUUUGGUCAUGAUCUUGAAAGUUCUCGUGAGUUGGACAAAGCUUUGGCUCCUUUAUGGAAAGAAGAUGAGACUUAUCGUAUCGAUCAUUAUUUAGGCAAAGAAAUGGUUAAAAAUCUCUUGACAAUCAGAUUUGCUAAUGUUUUCUUUGGUGCAAUUUGGAAUCGUUAUAGUAUUUCCAAUAUUCAAAUUACAUUUAAAGAACAAAUUGGUACAGAGGGUCGUGGUGGUUACUUUGAUGAAUUUGGUAUUAUUCGUGAUGUUAUGCAAAAUCAUCUUUUGCAAAUUUUAAGUAUUGCUGCUAUGGAACGUCCCGUAUCACUGAGUGCUGAAGAUGUUCGCGAUGAAAAAGUUCGUGUUUUACGUAAUAUUCCACCUGUCAAAUUAGAUGAUGUUUUCUUAGGACAAUAUUCAAAAUCAGAAGAUGGUACCAAACUAGGAUAUCUUGACGAUAAGACAGUGCCAGCUGGUAGCAAUUGUCCAACAUAUGCUAUUGCUGUAUUAUUUAUCAAUAAUGAACGUUGGGAAGGUGUACCAUUUAUUCUUAAAUGUGGAAAAGCAUUGAAUGAGCCAAAAACCGAAAUCCGUGUUCAAUUCCAAGACGUUCCCGGAAAUGUAUUCAAAGAUGCAUCACGUAACGAACUAGUUAUUCGAGUACAACCAAACGAAGCUGUCUAUAUGAAGAUGACCAGCAAAUUGCCAGGUCUUUCAAUGGAUACUGUCAUUUCAGAAUUGGACCUUACUUAUAAAAAGCGAUUUUCAGAUUUGAAAAUUCCUGAUGCUUAUGAAGCAUUAAUUCUUGAUGUAUUAAAUGGUGAUCAUUCUAAUUUUGUCAGGAAUGACGAAUUGGAUGCUGCUUGGAGGAUAUUCACUCCAAUUCUUCAUAAGAUUGAAAAUGAAAAAAUCAAACCAUUACCUUAUGCUUAUGGAUCUCGUGGUCCAGCAGGUAGUGAUGAAUUUGUCGCAAAGUAUGGAUACAAACGAAGCACCCAAGAAUAUAAUUGGACAGAACGUCAUUAA